AUGACGGGUCUGAGCAGAGCGAGCAGAGAGACAGUUUCCAGGCAAGCAACCUUGUCUCUCAACACGGCCAGCGCACGCAUGAUCAGACAUGUCCAAAUCGACGAUACGAUGCUGCAAUGCUUUUGCUUCCGAGCCCUACAGCUCUGCACAUGGCGAUGCCAACACCUCCUCCUGCCACCUCACCCUGUUCCCGACCGCCUUGGCCCUUCUUGGAGGCAUGAAGAGAUUACACCUGCAGACCAUACAUUUCCCAUUGUUCAGAUGUACGAUUACAACUCAGUAUGGAGCCUGCCGGGUCUUGGCCUGCUAUUUGCAGUGGUCAGAGAAGAAGAAGAUGUUGAAGAUGAAGAUGAAGAAGAAGAAGAAGAAGAAGAAGGACUUGUCGUGGAACAUAUACUGGCAAGGCUAGAAUGGAACUGGAUGCUUGAUAGCCAUGAGAUGAAUGGCAGGCCCAACUUGCCAGUCUCAACUAUUCCUGUGAGUAUCCAACUGCAACAGAGGCGCUAG